AUGGACAAUUUACCUUCUCACCACCGCCAAAUAAAUUGUCGACAGGUGGCUGCUAAAAAUACAAUCCCGAGCACUUCAGCGAGACCGUGCAGUACUCCUGCUAGAAGCUUGAGCAGAGCGAAGGAUUCUUUCAUCAGCAAGCCUGUUGAUAUAGCAGUAAACAGCGCAGCAAACGCGAUCAAGCAGAUUCUAGAUCCCUCUUUGGAACAACUACCAGGAGUUUCGAUUUCAAUAGACAGAAGAUUUACCCUCUCCGGAGAGCUCACGUUGACUACCUUUAGCCAAUCUUGCUCGACGUCUCGAAUCCUUCGAUUUGACCAUGCAUUGAUAACUCUCAACGUUGCCGACGAAAUGGCUAGAACUGCAUCAUCCGUUUCGUUAACCAAUCAAAGCGCAUUGCCCCUCCAGGUCACUCACCUCUUCACCUCUAACAACCAACAACUCAACACCACGAAUACAUUUACGCUUCCAUGCCUUCCACCUAAUACGCCUGGAGCCGCUCAAAUAGACAUACCUAAUAAUACGCCAUGUAAUCGACCCAAGAAAGGGACCCACGCACCGGUAGUAGAGCAUGAACCACCGAUCAUGCCGAGCAGAAGCCCUGGGAGCAGGCCUCGCAAGCUUAAAUCCGAACAUAUCGACCUUACCAAAUCACAAGAAAUUCCAGAAUCAGACCAAGAGGGGCAGGUUCCGCCACAAACAAAUGCAGUGGAAAUAGAAGACGGGAUCGAAGUGAGCGACGACGAGAGCGAAAUAGUCCAGGCACGAAGUGUUAGAAAACGGAGACCAUCUGCCAAACGGAGGGAGGAGAUAUCUCGCCAUAUUACGCCAAAUUCUGAGACUGUUAAGGGCUUUUCGAGCCUGUCUGGAGAGACACGCGGUGCGGAACGCCAUUCGAUUCUGCUCAAGACCGAUAAUCUUGACGACCGAACAUCUACAGAACUAGCGAACGACGCGAUUACAUUGACGGACUUUGCAGAGCUUGAUAAGUCUGGAAGGAAGCGGAAAAGGCACACUGAAGAAGCCGAGGCGCACAGCGAAAACGCAACCAGCAGCCAAGUCCAAGUUGUAAUAGCAUCUCCCGAGACUAGACCUGAGCGGACCGGGAAUGCUCGCGCGCAGAAAUGGGCCUCGCUGGGAGUAGACUACUACAAAAGCAUCAAACGUACUUCUGAUAUUGAAAGUUUUAGCGCGCAACCCAAAACUAAGAUCUUGAUGAGGAAAUACUCGUCCUAUGGCCCAAAGCCUAGGAAUACGCUUUUAAGCUCCGCCAGUCAGAAGGGUCCCUUUAAUAUAACGGCUGCCGAGUUUAAUGGAGAAACAUUUAAGCAGUCAAGUUCUAGUCAAGCUAGAAAAAAUCCACCGAAAAGGCAACGCACUGACGACAGGGCGGACGCUAGCAACACAUAUCCUACCGAAAUUAUUGACCUCGAAGAUAAUAAGCCAACUCGAGCGUUCCGAGAAAGAUCCACUACACGAUCACUGAAGAGUGAGGGUAGUGGAGGCCUGCGGCAAAGAAGCAAGCCACCCACGGGCGUAUCAGAGUUUCAAAAGGUCGAAAACAGGGUCAAUCCAGCUCCUAGCCGCUCGCAAGCGAAGCAUAACAAUAAAAAACAUGGACUUCUUCUCAAUGGACUUGAGCAGUUGCUGGCAGGAUCACAUAAGGAUAAAGAAUUCGCAAGUUACACGAAACACGACAGCAACAGUGAUCUAUCGAUUUAUGAAGAUAACAGUGAUCCUAUCAGCGAUGUAGGCGGUGCAGAGAAAUCACGGGGAUUUUACUCAGCUCCUCCACGUUCAACGGCAACAGGGAAGAUGCCUACCUCGAACCGCCAGAAUUUUAGCAAAACAGGACUAAAGUCCCAUCAUUUUCCAUCCUAUGCCAAGUCGCAAACCUACGACGCAGCAAGCACGUCUCCAGAUGAGCUUGCCGCCCCAGCCUUUGUGCAGACAGCUGCUAAGAGACGACGAACAGAUGGCAAAUCUGGUGAGAGCAUAGAGGAGCUAGAGUCGCAGCGUUCUAUCACAGACGAACAGCUAGACUUGCAGCAUAAAGCUACAGCCGACGAGUUACUUGCCAAAGCUGACCCGGCCGAGCCUGCCGCAAUUACGAGCGACACCGAUGACGAGGCCGACAAGAGAAGAAUCGAUAUUCAACCAUCUGAAUUUCUUCCUUCCAAAAAAUCACGAUCUACCGGGCAAACGAACAACAAUUCUUGUAUUGUGAAGCAGGUUUUCCCAGUCCAGGGUAAUUCCCUACUAGCUCCUUCAAAAGAGAGGUGGCUUCUCGAGUAUGAUGUUGGCGAUACGCAGCGAAAGAAGAACGCCCUGAAGUUCAGAGAUUCAGAUGGGAAGGAAGUUCUCCUCGUUGAUUUAUCGAAAAUUUUGAAGAUUGAAUACGGUCAAGAUAGCGCCAAAACGAUCAUUUUCACUAGCGCUAAUCAAGAUACUUCUUCUGGUACUCGUGCUUCUGGCACUCGUAUACAUAUUGAACUUGAAAGCGCUGAUGCGAGCACCGAUCUUCGAAGUCGGCUUAAAAAGGUGGAACCCACAAUCAAUCUGAUCUCAAAAGGCCUGGCACAGGACGGGGAAAAUUACCUGGACAGAGUCUUUCAACGACCCAAUAAUCAUCGGCUAAUGCCUGUUCCGACUAAACCGUCCAAGCUUGAGGCAGAUGAUUUGCAGUUGAUUGAGAGCAAUUCUCAUGCUCGAAAUGAGCAGAAAUGGAAAGAAAAGCAAAAGGCAAGAGAAGGCGGCCAAACUCGCAGCUCAACGUUGAGAAAUGAAGCCACGGAUACUCCUCAAGUUGCGAAAUCCAAAGGUCUCGCUCGGAACAUGCAGGUCGACCAAGAGCCGAUUCACACAAUGAUCCAGUCCACCAAGUCGAAACCCGUUGAACCACAAGCGUUUUAUGGAAAUGGCUUUUCACAGCGAUCUUUGCGCUCAGCUGCCGAGCCAGAUAUGGUGCCAACCCGGAGCUCGUUACGCGUGCCUGGAAGAAACGCCGCUCCUCGAGUUCGCGCCGAAACCCCCCCGCCGCCACCAGCAUGGACUGAGGUGCAUCCUGAAUGGCAUAAAGAUUGGAAUGGUACCGUUUAUUAUCCUCCAGGGGGGAGAAAGGGACAAGUCACCGUAGAGCGUGAUGACAUUCUACGCCUUAACGAAGGAGAAUUCCUCAAUGACAACCUUGUCACAUUCUAUCUCCGGUAUCUAGAGCACGAGCUUCAGCAAACCAAGCCAGAAGUUGCCAAUAGGAUCUACUUUCAGAAUUCAUAUUUUUACCCCACUCUGACGAAAGGAGUAAAAAAAGGGAUCAACUACCAGGCCGUUCAGCGAUGGACCAGAACCGUUGAUAUCUUUGCCAAGGAUUAUAUUAUAGUUCCGGUAUGCGAGAAUCUUCACUGGUACGUAGCUAUUAUAUGCAAUGCCUCGAAGUUGCUCGAAUCAAAGGGACCAGAGGAAGACGUUGACGCCGCGGAGCAAGAUCGCAAAGAUGCCCAAGCGCCAGCCGGUCCAUUUGAGCCCUCUUUAUCUACGGAUCGUGGUAACACCAACGGCGAUGGGAGUGUGAAGGAGACUAAUGAUUCUCCUGCUUCAGUACCCGAUGAUGCAGAUCUUAGAGAGAAUAAGGUAGAGAGUUUAUCCGCUCAAGCUUCAUCUCAAGAAAAGCCCGUCCGGAUGCCAGAUACAGAUUGUGAUUUGGGUAAAUCGAAGUUGUCUGUUGCACAUCCCAAGGACGAAAACAAGGAAACGACUUUGUCCUCCUCCGAUGGCAUUUCGGAUUUACCAAUUCUACAUCGGGGCGAUGAAGCUGUGACUAAUGCCUCAGAUGUGGAUUGCAUCGUGCCUGUCGAAGACCAUCCUAUUGCUAAUGUAAAGUCUGAUAUACUUCCUAGGUCCCCACCGAAAAAAGCUGCUUCAAAUCGGAAGGCUAAGAGGAUUUCAAGACUACCACUACGUGAUCCAGCUAAACCCAGGAUUAUCAUUCUCGACUCUCUCGGGCUUCCGCACUCUGCCACUUGCACAAAUCUCAAACAGUAUCUGGUUGCGGAGAUUAAAGACAAGAAAGGCAAAAAUGUUGAGCCACCAAAGGAAAUUGGUAUGCUUGCACGAAAUAUUUCUCUUCAGGAUAACCACAGUGAUUGUGGUUUGUACUUGUUGGCUUACAUUACGAAGUUCCUCGAAGCACCGGAUGAUUUCGUUUCCGGGGUUUAUCAAAAGAGGACGGAUCUUGUAUGGCAACCCAAAGCCUCAGAAAUGCGCAACGAUGUUCGUAGCCUUCUGUUGAACCUCCAAAAGAACAUUGUGACUCCGAAAUCAGGGAAGAGUCGAUCUAAGCGAACCGAGAAAGCUGCCAAAGAACGCCAAGGAUCCCUCAAGACUCAGGAUUAUGCACAACAACUUCCAUCCAAGACAGAAACUUCCAAAGCAGAGCAGGAUCAUGUAGCUACUCCUUUGACCAAAUCAUUGAGCCCUAAACCGGAAGUGCACACUUAUGCUACCAAGCAGACCUUUACGGAGUCCAAAGGUGGCAGAAGUCCAGAGCUUGGCCCGUCAUCAUCCGGCCAUCGCGAAGAGGAUGAAAUCCAUAGAGACGCUGGUAUAUCCGAAUCGUGCCCAAUGGAGAUAGACGACUCGCCGGAGAACAAGCGCUUUACAGAUGCUUCGCAACAAGGCCGUCGAAGUCCAGCUCGUGAGGCGUUGGCGCCCUCACCCAAAUCACAGUCCUCGUCUUCUCAAAAUUCUGCUGAAUCUUCAUCGACUUUACCUCAGCGGCAGACCGAGGAUGUUGUGGAGGGUGACAACUCGGUGCACCAGUCUGCUGCAUCAAUGCUUCCAGAUCCUCCAAGUACACCCGGUCUUAGAUACCCGCUUGUCGGCGAUGGAAGGCGUAGCGACUCCCAUACUCCCGGAUUGUCAAUGUCAGUAAUCAUGGAUGAGCCUUUGCCGCGUGUAGAGGGGGGUGCUGAUGCACUCUGUGCAGAUUCAAGCCCGCAGAGCAUUGACGAGCCUGACUGUGGAGAUGAUUUAGACACGAGUCGAUCACAGAUCGUCCAACCUUCGGCAGAAAACCAUGAACCACUUCCAUCGGAUGAUGACAGUGAGUCAAUCACCAACAGACUUACCCAAGCCUGCAUAAAUGGUGCCCAGUCGUCCCCUGCCCCUAACCCAAAAACUUCCAUGCCUGGUAACUUCUCCGACGGAGAAGAUUUUAUGUUACUGGCGAGCGACCCCCAGGAAUACGUUAGCCUAGGGUCCAACGAUCAUUGA